AUGGAGACAAAUGUUAUAUCUUUACAUAAGAGUUUGAAGUAUACACUUACUCAGAAUGAGCUAAAUCUGAGGCUGUGUCGCUGGUUCGAGCUUCUGAAGGACUAUGAUUGUGAGAUCGAGUAUUAUCCGGGCAAGGCCAAUGUGGUGGCUGAUGCCUUAAGCUGUCCAGUAGGUAUCGAUUUCGGAUUAUAUUUUGAUCAGGAUGGUAUUAUGUGUUUCCAUAGUCGUUACUGUAUUCCUAAAGAUAGUGAGUUGAGACAAACUAUUCUUCAGGAGGCCUAUGGUAUUCCAUAUGCUAUGCAUCCUCGUGCGGGUAAGAUGUACAAGAAUCUCAAGGAGCGUUAUUAUUGGUGGAAAUGGGAGUGCAUUACAAUGGAUUUUGAGACUAGGUUACCUCUGACUCCUUCUAAAAAGGAUUAUGUCUAA